UUCUUCCAUCUUUUCUUUUUGAAAAGGAAGAGAUGGAAGAAAAGAAAGAGGUCCUGCGCAACAUGUGGAAGGUGGGAAUUGGCAGAUUGAGGAGCCUGGGCCCAUGAUGGGUACAGCCACACACGUACGGGCCCCGAUGAAGGUGCUGUUUGGGUGGCGCCGAUGCGGGGGCCGCGCCGCCGACGCUCAUCACCAUCAUCAGCCGUCCGUCAGCUGCUCAGGCCCGGUGUGCGGUCGGGGCUGCUCGCACACAUGCGCUUGGCUGCCCGGAUCCCACUCACCAUGCUUCCCGUGGCCAAUGGAAAGGCCCAAGGGGUGGGUAAGAGCGAGAAUGGGAAUCAAGGACCACAACUAGAAAUGGCGGGUAGCGGUAUUCUCACAAAACACUCAUUGAAGUGGGUACUGGAGAAGGGCUGGUGCUCCCCCAUAAUGGUGGACACUCUUACUGCAUUGGGGUAUAGGCACCUCACCACAGUUCAGCUGCUCGCUGUGCCACACCUCCUCACCAAAGUUGAUACCUACAUUCAUGCACGCACUGGAUCUGGGAAAACCCUUGCUUUCUUAAUACCUACUCUGGAAAGAUUAAAAGCUAUGGGGUUCAAAAGUAAACAUGGAGUUGGAGCAUUAAUAAUAUCACCAACAAGAGAGCUGGCAAAGCAGAUUUCUACUGUCCUCAACCCUUUAGCAGAAGCAUUUGGAUUUUCAUGUGCUUUAGUGACUGGAGGCACCAAAGUCAAGUGCACACACAUUGAAAAGGGGUGCGUGCUUGUGAUUGGGACUCCGGGAAGAUUAGCUGAGGCCUUAACUAAUGAAGAUGAUAAUUGCCCAAAGGUUUGCAACUUGAAAAUUGUUAUUUUGGAUGAAGCUGAUCGUCUCCUGGAUGAUGGAUCACACACUCAGCAGCUGAGGAGAAUAGUCUCUGUUCUACCCAAAGAACAGGUUCAAAAGGUUCUUGUAAGUGCAACAUCAAGUUCAAAGUGUCAAGAAUUGAUGAAAGAAAUCUUUGUGACUGAUUUUUCCUUCAUCUCAGCUGAAAAGGAUGCUGCCUUUGUUACAUCUCAAGUAAUGCAAAAAUACCUCUUUGUACCAGCAAGGGAAAGGUUAUCUAUGCUGGUAACAGUACUACAGGCACUGCAGAAGAAAAAAGUUAUAGUUUUCUUCAACUCCUGUCAUUCAGUGAAGUUUCACCACAGAGUGUUAAAUGAAUUUAACCUUCCUGUUUACUACUGCAUGGGUCAAGAAAAGCAAGCUCGUCGCAGUAACACAUACUCAAAGUUUGUGGAGGUGACCCGAGGAAUACUUCUCACAACAGGGCUUGCAGAGCGGGGUUGGGACAUUCCCGGUGUGCAGUGGAUUAUCCAGUAUGAUCCACCUCAUAAACCAGAGAGCUCGUUGGCUGCUGGCUCCCUGCUGGCUGUUAGAGGAAGGUGUGCAGGUCUGACACAAGUAUGCUCAGUUUCAGUGGACAACCCAUAUGGCUGUGAAACAGAAAUACAAAAGAGAGUGUGUGCUAGCGUUUGAAAAGCGCGGCGAAAACAGGGCCAAUAAGGGCGUCCAAAUCUUAGGUUGUCGGGACUCUCUCUAUCAAGGGACUCUAGGCAACACUACCCAAGCUGGGGAGGAAUCCCAAGCCACCUGUGACAUCAAGAUCAAGUGUUAACAAUGUCGCGGGUGUCCAUUCCUUUAGCCACAGCCAUGGCUAUGGCGAUAGACAGUGAGUUUGAGGUUUCCUCAUCUGAAGAAGAAGUGGGAGCACUCUCAGACUGGUUCGGACAAGGAUUAUGUGCUUGAUGAGGAGGAUAUAGACUAUAUUGAGCUGCCUUUGUAACUAACAUCACCGUACGUACCCGAGGCGCCGCAGAAAGGACAUGAGAUUCGACUGUCCUGAGUUUGAUGUGGGGCUGUGUGUUGACCCCUGCUUCAGAAAAUACCGCACUCUCGUGAAGUAUUAGUGUGGUAUAGUAUGGACUGCGAUAUAGACGCAUGUGUAAAUAGUGGAAUGCGAUAUUGACGCAAUUCUAAAUAAUAUAGUGAAUAUUGUAAGUAUGUUAUAUUAUAAGAGGGUUGAGAAACAAUUACCAAUUCAUUUAUCAUUUAGUUUAUUGAAAAUAGAGCAGUAAUAAAGUGCACAUACCUGUAAGUAAGUUUUUGAUUGUAGAAAAUGCCGUUUGUGUAAGGUAUUAUAUGUGUACGAGUGAGCUAAAAUUCUGAAAAUCCCACACUUAUACCCCAUGAAAUGGUGCUCUCUGGAGUAUUCUACACCUGUGUGCAACAAAAAUGGGCUACCUGGCCUCUAUCACAAGUCAAAUCCUCCACAAACCAUCACCAGCCACACUGUGGUAACACUGCAUGGAGUUCUGUGAAAAAUAGGUCCAUGACAUAUGUUUUUUUCUUAUUUUUUCCACUUUUCCCGUUACAUGGAACAUUUUUAAGAAAAAGAAAAAAAAAUUAUAUAAAUCGCCCGGUACUGUACGGGUUAACUGUUAUAACAAGGUUUGUAUACAAUGAACGCGUAUUUACAUGUGAAGAAAGCGGUACGAAAAGUCAAUUGACACAGACUGUAAGUAUCGCCAAGACAACACUUUCAUAAAAAUGUUGUGUUCACUGUUUUGCUA